AUGUCUAAGAAUAGUAAUCAACAAGAUGAUUAUCUAAAUAGAAGACCAAACCCUAAAGACUGGACACAACCAAAAGCACCAUAUAACCCGUAUGAUCCAAAUGAUAUAAGACCAUCACAAGGUUAUCCAUCAGAAUUCAAAUUACCCGGUCAAUCGCCAUCUGGGUUUAGUUCAUUACCUAGACAACCAACUCAAUAUCAACAAGUAAAUGAAACAAUGGAAAGAUUAAACUAUAUAGCAAGACCUAAAUCGGAUAUAUAUCCAAAUCAAUAUAAGAUAUUAAGAAAAGUAGACACGAAUAAAAGGUUAGAUCUAGGUUCAAGAUAUUUUUCAACUUUAUUAACGAGUGGGUUAGUCAUUUAUUUUACAUUUUUUUAUAGGUGGAAUGAUGGUAAGGAGAAUGUAUUUAGUGAUUUUCGUAGAUUUCAGCUAAAACUAAAAGAGAAGAUUAAAGGUGGGUUGAAUGAACAGGAUUAUGAUGAUUUAUAUCAUCCUAAAUCGGCUGGAAUUGUGCUUAAAAAUGUUAAAGAUAGUCAGUAUAUUUCUGAAGAUAUUAGAAGAAAUAAAGAACAUGAGGAUUUAAUAUUGAAUAGACCUAGUGAGAGACAUAUUUUAGAAGCCGAAAGAAUUAAACAAGAACAAGAAGAAAAAAUGUUAAGAGAUUUGGAUUUGUAUAAACAAUAUGGAAAUGAAUUGAGAGAUGAAUUGGACAAUAAUGAUAUUAGUAAAAAGAAGAAAUGGUUUGGUAUAUUUUAA